GCUUCGCACCAAAAAUGAUCGCUUUUAUCAUGAAAAUCGCGUUUAGCAAUUAGCAGCAUGAGCUUCCUUCAGGGGAUCAUCGAUUCCUUUAACUCCGUCUUCUCUUCUGAUCCUUCUUCUUCUUCUUCUUCUUCUUCCUCUUCUCAAUCUCACCUUAAUUCGACGCCAAUGGAAGCUGCUUCUUCUCCUUCUUCGGUUUCGAACGAGCGCGUGGCUUUCAAGCUCAAAGGUUACUACGAUUUGGCGACGCAGGAGAUCGCAAAGGCCGUUCGGGCCGAAGAGUGGGGUUUGGUCGACGACGCUAUUCUUCACUACAAGAACGCUCAGAGGAUCCUCCUUGAAGCCCAUUCUACCCCUGUCCCUUCCUUCAUCACUUCCAGUGAACAAGCAAAGGUGCAAUCUUAUCGUCAGAAGAUAUCGAAAUGGCAGGGCCAAGUCUCUGAGAGAUUACAGGCUCUAAGUAGACGAGCAGGGAGCUCAUAUGCCAAUCAGGUAUGCCGUGAUCUAGCUAAACUAGAAAGCACCUCAAACGUUGCACAAACUGCUGCAGUUCCACUUAAGCCAUCAAAUGGUAGAAAAAAUAUGGUACACAGGUAUUCUCAACCAACAGGGCAGGUGAAUAAAGUUGGAAGCUCAAAUUCUAGUCAAGCUGGUGUAAAUUAUGAUACAAAAUUGGUUGAAAUGAUUAACACUGCAAUAGUAGACAGAAGUCCUUCUGUUAGAUGGGAUGAUGUCGCGGGGCUUGAGAAGGCAAAGCAAGCUUUAAUGGAGAUGGUUAUUUUGCCAACUAAGAGGAGAGACUUAUUCACUGGUCUUCGAAGGCCGGCCAGAGGUUUGCUACUCUUCGGUCCACCUGGUAAUGGAAAGACCAUGCUUGCCAAAGCUGUAGCUUCAGAAUCAGAUGCAACAUUUUUCAAUGUGUCUUCCGCAUCAUUGACAUCUAAAUGGGUGGGUGAGGCUGAAAAGCUUGUCCGGACACUAUUUUCAGUUGCUAUAUCCAGACAGCCAUCUGUGAUUUUUAUUGAUGAGAUUGAUAGUAUAAUGUCAACAAGAACGGAAAAUGAGAAUGAUGCGAGCAGACGGUUAAAAUCUGAAUUUCUUAUCCAGUUUGAUGGGGUGACCUCCAAUAGUAAUGAUAUUGUGAUUGUAAUUGGUGCAACCAACAAGCCACAGGAAUUGGAUGAUGCAGUUCUUAGGAGGCUGGUAAAGAGAAUCUAUGUGCCUUUACCUGAUGAAAAUGUUCGGAGACUUCUGCUAAAACACAAACUCAAGGGUCAAGCAUUCUCGUUACCGAGUAGAGAUCUGGAAAAACUUGUCAAAGAGACAGAAGGUUAUUCUGGAAGUGAUCUUCAAGCAUUGUGUGAAGAGGCUGCAAUGAUGCCAAUUAGAGAGCUGGGAUCUAACAUUCUUACUGUUAAUGCAAAUCAGGUAAGAGGAUUAACUUACAAUGAUUUCAAGAAGGCAAUGACGGUCAUCAGACCAAGCUUAAAGAAAAGCAAGUGGGAAGAGCUGGAGCGCUGGAAUGAGGAGUUUGGCUCUAAUUGAACUUGCUUUUAUUCAUCCUCUGGUGCAUCAUCAUGCAUGAAUGUGCAUAUAAACCUCUAUACUUUAACGGAAACAAACAUGACAAGGAUAUCAAUUAUCAUGGUUGGUAGCUAAAAUCAUUGAUCAAAUCAGGGUGCUGCUAAUUUUAUAAAAUGGCUACCCUAAAAUGGAAUAGAUACCAUUAUUAUUUCAAGCUUCAUUUGUACAUUUGUACAAUUUGUACAUCUUUCUAAGGACAAUAAAUUUGGUUUUUAGGGCUCCAAGGUUGCCCAUCCGAGCAUAUGAACUUUGAAAUUAUUAUAGUUGAUUUUAUUGUAAACCAAGCCAAAGUAUAUUAAGUGUAUUUUCUUAUGGCAAUAAAUAACUUUAAUACUCGUUGAUUCUUUAUCUUUA